AUGGACUCCGAGGAGCUCUUGAAUGCUGGAGAAACGAACCAAUCAGGACGUUGCAUUCCAGUCUUCACGGCGUCUUGUUUCACGUCCACUGCCGACGUUGUUUGCUAUUGGGCGCAGCACGUUUUCGACACCGAGAUGGAGUUUUCUCACCGGAGCGGUCCACUGAAACAAAGUAAUAAAAGGCAUAAACUGGAGAAAAAACGAUCGGAAUCGAAAUCGACCACAUCGUCGAUUACAACAAUACGGAACUUACCGAAUAAACGUGGUCUCAGAGUAACUUUGAAGAAAAAGCGGUUGUUUACGGUAUCCACGUUGAAACGAAUCAUGGAUUGUCAGGGGAUGUUGGAUACUCCGGUCUUUUGCGUCCUCAUUCCAAUAACGCCGGAUGUUCCAGUGCAUUUGGCUAAGCGACUACUACAGAAGGCUGAUCCUGAUGCUGAAAUCUCGGAGAAGGGAGAAGAAAAUCUUCAGCGCGUAGUGCACAUCAGAUCCCCGUUAUUGGACAAGCAUUUUGCUCUGGUUAGUGCAAAGCCUGAUGAUGUGUUUGCAUGCAUCGACCUGAUCAACUUGGCGGAUUCGGUAGUGAUGCUGGUUCCCAGUGACUCAACGGAGUUGGAUUCAAAGACAGAGUCGUUUCUGACGGCACUUUAUGCACAAGGACUUGGAAAUGUGUCUUUUGCGGUCAUGUCGUCCAGUUUUAACGAAAAAGCGAUCAAGCACAACUUGCUGUCUCGUUUUCCGGUACCAGAGAACGUGAUCUAUCCGCUCAACACUCCCGAUCACGCGCUCAAUCUUUUACGCCAUAUCGGUGUUCUGAAAAAGAAAUCACGGAUCCAAGAGAAUGGAACACAUUCGUCUAGUCGGUUUCGAGCCAAAAUGCUGGUUGAUUCCUUAACAUUGAUGUCCGUGCCAGGCCUGCACGCGGAUUCUGAAAACUCCAAUUCUAUGCAGACGUAUCUGAAAGUUCAAGGACUCUUGCGUGGCUCUCCACUGUACUUCGAUGAUCCAAUUGAACAGGUUGCUGACGAAAAAAGGCGCCCCUUUGUCUAUUUGACCGGCUGGGGUGAUUUUCCACUAGCCAGUGCCAGGUGGAUAAAUAAAGACACUACGCCACAACAAUGGGCCAUUGGUCCCCUUGGACAGACUGUUGUGAAGUUGAAAGAUAAUGUGCUACGUUCGUCCUCCGUGACAAACGGAAGUGUUUGUGAAAGCUCCGAAGAGUCGGACUCCGUGAUUUUAUUGGCUCCCACUGCAACGGACGUUUCUAGAGAAGAAUCCGUCCAGGAACAUAUGGAUACUAACUCCGAAGCGGCUGAACUGUCUUCGGAAGGGGAUCUGAGUUCCGCUGAAAUGUCCGCAUAUUGUGCUCGAUCAUUGGCGUCAUCCAGAAUGUCCUUCUCUAGUUCACAGUUAACAAAGUUCCGAGAAGCUCGUGCAGAGGAACUCUACCCCGAUGAGGUCGAGACACCUGUGAACCAACCCGCACGAGAGCGCUUUGCAAAGUACCGCAGCCUUCCCAGUUUUCAAAACAGUAUUUGGCCAUUUGAGAAGGAUGUCCUGCCAAAUCAGUACGAAAAUAUUGCUUGUUUUAGAAACUACAAUCGCAACCGGAAAUCCAUCAUUCGUUAUCUUGGCGAACGCACUCGAGAUACGGAAUGCAAUCGAGGUGUGCGGCCCAAGUGCAUCCCUUCAGAUGUCUAUGCCGAUCUCGCUCUUGGACCCAUAAGUCUAGAUCUUGCUAAGCAAAUUGUGCAGCGACAUGCACCUCCUAUUACCUCGUCAAACUCCACCACUCCACCUCCGCUUGCGGUUUGGUCAUUGUUACCGCAUGAGAAUCGUAUUUCUGUGUGCCACUUCACAAUGAAACGUGUGUUGCCCGCUCUGCGCGCCAAAUCAGACCUUGUAUUAGUAGCUACGGCUGCAAACAACGCUGCUGAGAAAGCAACGUCUUUCGCUGUAGAUCACCCAUCAUUGUUUCUUGGGGAGGAAGCCUCAACUAAAGUACAGGAAGAACAAGAUGUCAUCCUCAAUGCCUUGAACGAACGUAAGCGUCAGAAGGUGAGCAUUCGCCGGUCGGCAUACCACCCUGGCGAACCAGCAAUACCACCGGAAGCCGAACCGAUCAAGUCUAAAGAAUUGAUGGUGUUUCAGGCUGGAAUCAGGCGUUUCAUUACAGCCCCAAUCUAUUCGACUCAGACAACAAAUGUGCAUGAGAAAGCAAAAUACGAAACGUUCUUCCCCGCUAUUCAUUCGGGGGUUGUGGCUUCCGUCUAUGCUCCAGUGAUGUACAGUCCGGUAAACACGUUACAGUUCCGUAUCCGCGUUGAUGAGGACGAAUACGGUGACUUGUCCGCACCCUACAUAGGCGAGUUGGUUGCCACAGGCACUUUACAUUCAGUCGACCCCACACGCCUGAUAGUGAAACGUAUUUUCCUUUCUGGACACCCUUACAAAAUCCACCAGCGACGUGUUGUUGUCCGUUUCAUGUUUUUCAAUCCACUGGACGUGGAGUACUUUAAGACUGUUAAACUCCAGACAAGAUCCGGCGCAGUUGGUCACAUCACCGACUCUGUUGGAACGCACGGCGCUAUGAAGUGCAUUUUCGACCGCCCGUUGAAAGCGUCCGAUGUGAUCCUGAUGCCACUAUACAAGCGGGUAUUUCCUAAAUGGCUGUAUCAACCGACGAUGGUCAGGGUUCUCAGAGCGCCUCAGAUUAUGGACCCAAUUUAUCAAUGGCAAAAAGCACCAGACAUAAUACAACUGAAGAAAAAGUCUUCGAGUUCAUCUACACAAGAUGAGAAUACAGAGGCCAUGGAAGGGAUGAACCUGUUUGAUUGAGUUUCCUUUCCUAUCGCCUAAUUUUCUUCACUUCUGGACUCAAUGCAUUCGGUCUAUUUUCUGGUCUCGAGCCGUGCGUGUAUCAUAUUCAUUUGAAGUAUGAUUUGCCCUGAUACGAAUCACCUUAUCAUAAUCAACGGAAAAUGUG